UACAUCGCAGAAGAAACAACAUUCACCAUGGAAAGAGGCGGCGAUUUGGAGUUUGGAGAAGUAGACUCGAUUCAAAAUGGUGUAGAAAAUGAAGACAACCAUACGAACCGCUUUUCACCAUCAAUUCACAGGAAACCUGAGAUCAUGUUGAGCACUAUGGUGGGAGACACAAACAUGAUUCAAGACAGUGUCGUUCAACGUCUUCUUUGUCGUGUCAAAAAAGAGGAGAGCCAUAUAAAUCAAUUUUCACCAUCAAUUUACAUGGCACCUCGCAUACUACGUGAUAUGAGCCCAAGUUCUUUCAACCCUCAGGUGGUCUCUAUUGGACCUUUGCACAGAGAAGAUGAGAAAGUGCAAGCAUUUGAAGUGCGGAAAACAAGUUAUCUAAUUGACCUAAUGCGACGUGCCAAAUCCCCACAAGAGGAAAUAUUGAAAUUAUGUGUAGAGAAGGUGUACACUUCAAUGGAAAAAAUCAAGGGUUGUUAUGUUUGGACGAAGGGUUGUUAUGUUUGGACGAAGGCCUAUGGUGAUAUUGAAAUUGCCGACAUGAUGAUUAUGGAUGCUUGUUUCAUACUUGAACUUUUGUUCAAGUUUUCGAUUGAAGAUGAAAAAGUAUUCGAAGAAGGAAUGGUACAAUUGAGAACCAUAGUUGAUGAUUUGAUAUUGCUAGAAAACCAGAUCCCUUUUUUUAUUCUUGAUGAAAUAUUUCAGUGCACAAUAUUGAAAUUCAAUCCUAAUGCCUCCCUUCUUGAACUUACCUAUAUAUUUCUAAAAGGUACCAACAUCUUUACAGAAGAUAUAAAUAUGGAUAAUAUAUCGCUUAAUAAUACUCAUCAUAUUCUUAGCCUUCUACAUCAAUGCUACAAGCCUCUGGAUAACUUUACACAAGGUGAUCUUCCCAAGUCAACAAUCCCUUCGGUUGUGAAUCUAGACAGGGCAGGGGUGAACUUCAAACCUAACAAAGAUCCAACAUGGCUUAUGGGGAUGGAAGUGGAAUUAUAUAUGUUCCCAUGUUUUUUUGGGUCUUUGAUCAGUAAGCCUACACUUAGAAUCCCAGUAUUAAAGAUUUAUGAUUCCACUGAGAUCGUUUUAAGAAAUCUCAUUGCCUACGAGCAGUCAGGUCGAACUCAUAGUUAUGUUACAUCAUAUGCUUAUUCCAUGGAUAUGCUAGUGGAUACUCAAGAAGAUGUUGCAAAGCUGGUAGACUUGGGAGUCCUUGUCAACGGUUUGGGUUCUAAUGAUGAAGUUGCUAAUAUUAUCAACAGCAUAUGCAAAGGAGCUGUAUUGGAGGAUUUCUUUUACGGAGAACAGUGGGUAAAAUUGAGCAAGUACUGUGAUGCUUACUUGGCAAAAAAUAUAGCAAACAUGAAGAGGACUUACUUUAGCAGUCCAUGGAACAUAAUUGCUCUAGUUGCUGGAGUCAUUCUAUUUGCUGUAACCGUAGUUCAGACCAUCUUUACCAUUAAGUCUGCUUGA